GCGAUCCUUUCAGAAAACAGUCUAUUUUUGGGAAUUUAUAAAUUUUGUAAAUUUUGUAAAUUUCGAACGGCUCUAUGGCUCGUACAAAGCCAUAGAGCCCAAACUGGGGGUAAAGCUCCCCGGAAACAGCUUGCCACUAAAGCUGCAAGAAAAAGUGCACCGGCAACGGGAGAAGAGAAGAAGCCGCACAGAUACAGGCCUGGAACUGUUGCUCUCAGGGAAAUUCGUCGGUAUCAAAAAAGUACCGAACUUUUAAUUCGAAAAUUAUCAUUCCAACGUUUGGUUCGUGAAAUUGCUCAGGAUUUCAAGACAGAUUUACGUUUCCAAAGUUCAGCUGUCAUGGCGCUACAAGAAGCUAGUGAAGCCUAUUUGGUUGGCCUUUUCGAAGAUACAAAUUUAUGUGCUAUUCAUGCUAAACGAGUCACAAUUAUGCCAAAAGAUAUUCAAUUAGCUCGUCGUAUCCGGGGAGAACGUGCUUAAAUUUGAUUACUCCUUUCAUUCCUCAAAAAAAAAAAAAAAGAAAACAAUCGGCCCUUUUCAGGGCCA